CAAGUUUUUUUUUUAUAUCAUUGGUAAGAUUUAUAUAGAUAUGUAAUUUUGUAUAAGUAUAAAAAUGGUAACAUUUUUAGAGUGAAUAGUAGGUUAGUAAUAUUGCUAAUAGCAAGGGCAACACUGUCUCAAAAAAAGUUCGGCUCGUAUGAUUUAGUUGCAAAUAGAAAAUAUUUUUCCUGAUUGUUUUGUGUCCAACCAUGAAAAGAGUGAAUACCAGAAUACAAAAUAUGAUAUCUAGCUGUCUUAACCGUUCCGACAAUAAAGAAAAUGACGAUCAAGAAUUUUAUGAUAACUCUCGACCAAGUAGUCCGAUGCAGUUUUCUUCAGGGUUGCUGGGUAAGCGAAGAAAAUUUUGUAUUGACGUUGUGGCUAAUAAUUCGCAUGAAAAAACGCCUUGCAUGGGGGGUGAUGGAACUAUACCUAAUCCAAUUUUUUCUGCUAAGUUACCUACCGUCUUUGCCGAAACGUCCCAGAGUCCUUUAUCUCCCCAGCUGCCUUUAUGUACUAAUCUACCAACUUCUACAGUAUUGAUUUGUAAUAAUGAUAUUGAAACUGCUGCUGAAAAAAGCAUAGAACCGCCCCCAUACUCACCUCUGACUCCUCGCCCAGACAUUGCUAAAAAUAACAAAAUUUCUAGAGCAUUAUCGACAGAUACAAAUACCAACAAUGCUUUACUAACUUAUAGCUCAUUUCGUAAUGAAGAAGAUCCACUCACUGAGAAUGUUUCUGAAAAAAGUGUCGAAUCUGUCAAUGCAAUUUCACCACUUCCACUAAUGUCUCCAGAUACGGCAACAUUGUUUCAUAUUUUAGCUGAGUCAAUGAAUAAUCAUAAUUCAAACAAUGAAACUUUAUCUGACACAUCUACAAUCGCAAGUUUGUUAGGUGACAAAGCUCAAUUAUUUAAUGAUAGUGAUGAUUCCGUAAGAGAUCCUACCUACUGUGAUAAUACGGAUAAUGGCUCGAGUGAUGACAGAUCUAAUGAUUCAAUUUCUUUGAUCACUGGUACUGCACAUACAGAAAUCAACCAAAUACCUACCCAAAUAAAUAACAUCACUAGUUAUCGACCAGACCCAAUAAUUUUAAGACCCCAUAGUCCUCCACAUGGAAGAUCAAGAAAAGGUAGGAAGCCAAAAUAUGGUGGCCUAUCUCAAAUACUGCACGCAUCUUCGGAACAGUAUAAAGCCGACAUUGAACAGAAACGGGUAGCGCAUCAAGAAAUCGCAAAUUCUCUACAAACCCAAUUGAGAACCGAUAUGAAGCUGGCUGUAGAUGAUCCCACGGUUGAAACUUUGACUUUUGAUCUCGAAAAAACCCUGCCUUUACCGCGUAUACCCACAAAUAUCGUGUUUUACAAAAGACAACUUUGGGUAUACAAUUUAGGUAUACAUACUGGGAGCAACGAUGAAGCUCAUUGCAAUGUGUGGGUAGAAGGAGAAGCAGGCAGAGGUGCUCAAGAGGUGGGGUCUUGUCUCAUCCAACAUAUCUCGGAAAGGCUUGAUACCAAAGUGAAACGUCUAAUUUUAUGGUGCGAUUCGUGUGGUGGUCAGAACCGCAACAUAAAAUUAACUCUGAUGCUUAAAGCCAUGUUGAAUGGACAUCCAACUUUAGACCAAAUAAAUAUAAGAUUCCUUGAAUCGGGGCAUAGCUUCCUCCCGAAUGAUUCAGAUUUUGGGAAGAUAGAAUGUGCUUUAAAACGUCAACAGAGACUCUACACUCCGGAUGACUACAUUCAGGAUGAAAAAUGA